CGCCGCCCGCACCAUGUCGAGCCGCGAGCACACGGGAUCAACCAACGUGGUUUACCAAGCCCACCAUGUGAGCAGGAGUAAGAGAGGACAAGUUGUGGGUACCAGAGGAGGAUUUCGAGGCUGCACCGUUUGGCUGACAGGCCUGUCUGGAGCCGGCAAGACAACCAUUGGCUUUGCCCUGGAAGAGUACCUGGUCUCCCAUGGCAUCCCUUGCUAUUCCCUGGACGGCGACAACGUCCGGCACGGCUUGAACAAGAACCUGGGUUUCUCGGCGUCGGACCGCGAGGAGAACAUCCGGCGCAUCGCCGAGGUCGCCCGGCUCUUCGCCGACGCGGGGCUCGUCUGCAUCACCAGCUUCAUUUCUCCUUUCACCAAGGAUCGUCAAAAUGCACGGAAAAUUCACGAGGCAGCUGGACUUCCUUUCUUUGAAAUCUUUGUAGAUGCUCCUUUAAAUAUCUGUGAAAGCAGAGAUGUGAAGGGCCUGUACAAAAAGGCAAGAGCUGGAGAGAUCAAAGGAUUCACAGGGAUUGACUCAGAGUACGAGAAGCCUGAAGCUCCUGAACUAGUGUUGAAAACGAACGUUGCAUCAGUGUCUGAAUGUAUCCAGCAGGUUGUGGAGCUCCUCCAAGCACAGAAUAUCGUUCCCUGGGGCUCAAUUAAGGACGUUCUUGAGCUGUUUGUGCCUGAAAAUAAGCUCAGCAGUGUCCGAGCUGAGGCAGAGAAGCUGCCAUCCGUGGAGAUCACUAAGCUGGAUCUGCAGUGGGUGCAGGUGCUGAGCGAAGGCUGGGCCACUCCGCUGAAGGGCUUCAUGCGUGAGGCAGAGUACCUGCAAGUGCUCCACUUUGGCACCCUGCUCAACGAUGGCGUGGUGAACCUGAGCAUCCCCAUCGUGCUGCCGGUGUCGGAGGAGGACAGGCAGCGGCUGGAGGGCUGCGAGGCGCUGGCGCUCAGCUUCCAGGGCCGCAGGCUGGCCGUGCUCAGGAGCCCCGAGUUCUUCCAGCACAGGAAGGAGGAGCGCUGUGCCCGCGUCUGGGGCACCACCUGCCCCAGGCACCCCCACAUCCAGAUGGUGAUGGAGAGUGGAGACUGGCUGGUUGGUGGAGACCUCCAUGUCCUGGAGAAGAUCAAGUGGAACGAUGGGCUGGACCAGUACCGCCUCACCCCGCGGGCUCUGAAGCAGAAGUUCAGGGAGAUGAAUGCUGACGCCGUCUUCGCGUUCCAGCUGCGCAACCCCGUGCACAACGGGCACGCCCUGCUCAUGCAGGACACGCGGCGCCAGCUCCUGGAGAGGGGCUACAAGAACCCUGUGCUCCUCCUGCACCCCCUGGGGGGGUGGACCAAGGAUGACGACGUGCCGCUGGAGUGGCGGAUGAAGCAGCACGCGGCCGUGCUGGAGGAGCAGGUCCUGGACCCCAAGUCGACCGUCGUGGCCAUCUUCCCCUCUCCCAUGCUCUACGCCGGCCCCACCGAGGUGCAGUGGCACUGCCGAGCCCGGAUGAUGGCGGGGGCCAACUUCUACAUCGUGGGGCGCGAUCCCGCGGGGAUGCCGCACCCCGACACCAAGAAGGACCUCUACGAGCCCACGCACGGCGGGAAGGUGCUCAGCAUGGCCCCGGGGCUCACCUCGGUGGAGAUCAUCCCCUUCAGGGUGGCUGCCUACAACAAGCUGAAAAGGGCCAUGGAUUUUUAUGACCCCAAAAGGCACGACGACUUUGACUUCAUCUCAGGAACACGCAUGAGGAAACUCGCUCGGGAAGGGGAGAACCCACCGGACGGCUUCAUGGCCCCCAAGGCCUGGAAAGUCCUCACCACCUACUACCAGUCGCUGGAAAAGCAGAACUAACACUCGUCCUCCUCCCCAGAAAUACUUGUAUUAAGAGUGAGCAAUGAUUGAUUGAUUCCCUAUGACACAGAUCAGUUACUUGGCAUUUCCAGUGCUCUGACUGUGGGAUUUUCCUACCCAGGUCAGAGUGGUUUUUACUAAUCAGAAAUACUUUGAGCCUGGUCCUUCUCCCCUUGAAGCUGCUGGGAGCAUCCUUGUGGAGCUGGAAGGGAGAAGGGCAGCAAGUCCUUCAUUCCCGGCUGAGCCUGGUGGCAGGAAGCUCAGCACCAGGAUAAAUCCUGCCUGUCCCUGCAUGCAGCAGGAAUGAAGAAGUGCCUUCCCAGUGCCCCUCUCCCAGCACUGCCUGACAAGGCAGGAGCAGGUGCUGAAGCCAGGAGCAGAUGCUGCUGCUGGGGUGGGAAACGGGCACCCAGUGCCUGGAUCCAGUCACUGCCCUCCAGGUUGUGCCUUAGACAGUUUUCCCUGAUAAACAGUGGAAUCUUUUUAAUGCCCUUUUUUAAAAGGAUUUUUUAAAAUCAGCCUUGACCACCACCAGUUCCUUGUGGCUGAGCCAGUUGCUCACUGUCAGUCCUUGCUUCCUUCCUCCUGUUUGACCUCUCUGGUCAAACAAAACCCUGGAUGAGCGUUCCUGGUGCUCUGAGCUCAGCUCUCUGUGGGGACUGUGCCGUGGUGCUCCCUGUGCUCACAGCCUGGCAGGGGAAGCUGGCCUGGGAGGCACCUGAGAUCCUGAGAUCUCUGAGGAAGAUCUGAGCAGCAAGAAAAAAUUGGGGAUGCCAUCCACAUGCUAUGGAGUAUCUUCCUGCCUGGCAGGAUUGGAUCCCCCUUCCCUCUGCCUGCGCUCCUCCCAUCCGGAAGGCAAAUCAAAGGCCAAACAGCCAAGUGGCCACGUGAGGGGGGUCUGAGCAGCUGUCCAUGGUAAACUAGGUGAGAGGAGGCUGGAGGUCCUGCCCCCCUCUGUACCUGCAGCCCUGUGUGGGUACAGGUGACCCGAUUCCCUCCGUGCCAGCGGGAUGGGGACAGUGGUUCUGGCUGGGGCACGGCAGGAAAGCCCUUGGCCCCCCCCAGCCCUUUGGGGAGCUGAGAGCCAGUGCCUGGUGCUGCUCCCAGCUCUGGCUGGUGGAAAGUUACCCCAGACUUCACCUCCUUCCCCGGCCUCAGCCCGAGCUGGACUUUGCUGCUGUGCCUGAGGCUUUUCCGCUGCCUCCCUGGGCCGGGAGCAGGCAGUGAUGCAGCCCCGGAGCCUCACCCGCUGUGCU